AUGUCCAAACAGUUGGCCGCGGCCACCAAGAGCGCGGGCUCGCUGCUUGCCCGCUACCGUCAGUUGUCACCAUCGGCAGCGGUCUUCGUGUCGCCACUGUGCCUGGGCACCAUGAACUUUGGAACCAGCAUGAAGGCCAUGUUGGGGGAAUGCUCCAAGGAAACCACCUUUGAAAUCCUUGACUAUUACUUCGACCAGGGGGGCAACUUCAUCGACACUGCCAAUUCCUACCAAGGGGGGGGGACCGAGACCUGGUUGGGUGAAUGGAUGGCAGCUCGGAAGAACCGCGACCAAAUUGUGCUCGCCACCAAAUACACUGGACCGCAUAGGCUCCAAGAUCCAAGCAUCCAGAUUCGCGCCAACUAUGGCGGCAACGGAAUCAAAUCCCUUAGACUCACCUUGGAGGACUCCUUGAAACGAUUGCAGACCGACUAUGUCGACGUGCUGUACGUUCACUGGUGGAACUAUACGGCCACCAUCCCCGAGGUGAUGCACAGUCUCAAUGAUCUCGUGGUCUCGGGCAAAGUGCUCUAUCUGGGCAUAUCCGACAGUCCAGCUUGGCUGGUUGCAAAGGCCAACCAAUACGCGCGAGACCAUGGUCUGCGCCCCUUCGUGGUCUACCAAGGCCCUUGGAAUGCCGCGUUUCGAGAUCUCGAGCGCGAAGUCGUGCCCAUGUGCCGCGACGAAGGUAUGGGAAUCUGCGCCUAUUCAGCUCUGAACUCGGGGAAAUUUCAGACGGCAGCCGCUUUCGAGGAACGCAAGAGCAACAAUCCAGGGCGAAAUCUCACGGCCGUGUCUACAAGAGACAAGCAGGUCUCCCAGGUGUUGGAAAAGAUGGCGGAUGCCAAAGAGACCACCCUCACCAACGUGGCCUUGUCGUACAUUUUGGACAAAGAGCCGUAUGUCUUUCCCAUCGUCGGCGGCAGAAAGCUCAGCCAUAUCAAGGGCAACAUCGAGGGCUUGUCAGUGACUCUGACCGAGGAGGAAAUCGUCGAGAUCGACAACGCGUACAGCUUCGAUCCUGGCUUCCCGCAUAACUUCUUGAGCGGAACGCUGAUGCAAGGCUGGGAUGCGCCGCAGAAGUUGGCUUCCCGUGCUAGCGAAGUCCGGUGGACACAGUCUCAAGGCACGUUCGACUGGGUUGAAAGCCCCAAAGCCAUCCGACCUGGACCUGCUACAUCAGGCGUGUGA